AUGGACCUGCGUCUGCUCCUCUGUCUGCCUCUGGUCUUCACGUCUCUGCCUCUUUACUGCGCGGAAAUCUACACGUCGCUCGUCAACGUGAAGCAGGCGAUUAUUGCGGAGAGAAAACUGAUCGAUUCUCUUAAAAGUUACAUUGAGCAGGAGUCACAGCGGCUGCAGGACAUUAGGCGAUUUUAUGACAAGGCUUCCCAUCUCCACUCUGAGGUAUACAAGGACCAGGCAGCUGCUUUAGCUAACCCUCUGUUGGCUUUCACCCUCAUCAAACGACUGUACUCAGAAUGGCCCAAUGUGAUCUACAGCGACGAGGCUCUGGAAAACACCCAAGCCCUCAGAUCCAGUUACGAGCGGGAAGGGUCUUUUCUGCCCCAACUGGAGGACCUCCAAGGAGCGGUGAGUGGGCUGCUGAGGCUCCAGGAUGUGUACGCGCUGCAAGUGUCGGAUCUGGUCAAGGGGCACUUCCUCACGCUGACCAACGGAGGAACCAGAGAGAUUUACAAGCCCCAUGUGUCUGUCCCGCUGUCUGGGGAUGACUGCUUUAUGGUUGGUAAAGUGGCGUAUGAGCAGGAGGACUACUACCACUCUGUGCCGUGGCUGGAGCAGUCGGUGAGUCUCUUCAGGGGACUCAACUGGAGCCCAGAGAACCAGGGCAGUCUGGAAGAUGCCCUGGACCACCUUGCUUACUCUCAUUUCAAAACGGGGAAUGUUUCGUAUGCCUUGAGUCUCUCCCAAGAGUUGCUACAUCACGAUCCAGUGAAUGAGCGUGUCCAGAACAAUGUAGAAAAAUAUGAGAAGUUAUUGCUGGUGAAACCUCAUAUUAAUGGCAACAGGCUGCGGAGACCGGAUUCAAAAUACUUGAGAACAAGAGAGGUUUACGAGCGACUCUGCCAGAACCAUGGGUCACAUCCCACACAUUUUCAAAACCCAAGACUGUUCUGUGACUACUUCAGCGGCGGUUCAGGCCUGAUCGUGCGUCCGGCCAAACGGGAAAUACUGAGUCUGCAACCGUUUGUGGUUCUCUAUCAUGACUUCAUCACCGACACGGAGGCCGAGGACAUCAAGAGGAUUGCCCUGCCAGGAGCAUACGGCUCCAGUCAGUGCCUCUCAUCCUUCACCAACUGCCAGCCCCCCCUCUCGGCAACCCUGGUACCUGGGAAGCAGUUUAAGAGUGGCGGAGUUGACAGAAGGCAAAGGAAACAAACAGUUACUACACAGGAGCACGGGAAAGAGCAUCAGCAAUAA